GGGCCACGAGGCGGCAGAGGCGGCCAUGGGCGCGCGCGUCCGGGCGCUGCUGCUGGCGCAGCUGUUGGUGCGAGCGGAGCUCCAGACGCAGGAGGUUCAGGAUCUGGACCAGCUGUUUCCAGGUUUCGAGAACUCGUCGUUGCUCACGUGGCCCUGCGGCCGCCGAACUAUUUCCAUGCGCGUGGUGGGCGGAAAGGACUCGGAGCUGGGGCGCUGGCCGUGGCAGGGCAGCCUGCGCCUGUGGGGCUCCCACCACUGCGGGGCCACCCUGCUCAACCGCCGCUGGGCGCUCUCGGCCGCGCACUGCUUUGAAAGGAGCAAUGAUCCCUUUGAGUGGUCCGUGCAGUUCGGCGAGCUGUCCGCCAUGCCGUCCAUCUGGAAUCUGGAGGCCUACUACAACCGAUACCAGGUGCAGGAGAUCGUUUUGAGCCCCUUAUACCUGGGGGCUUCAUCCUAUGACAUCGCCCUGCUGAAGCUGGCCUCCUCCGUCACCUACAAUAAGUACAUCCAGCCCAUCUGUGUCGCGGCCUCUUCCUCUGAGUUCCAGAAUCGGACCGACUGCUGGGUGACUGGCUGGGGGAACAUCGAAGAACAUCAAGCGCUGCCACCCCCCUACAUUCUCCAGGAAGUGCAGGUCGGCAUCAUAAACACCACCAUGUGCAACUACCUGUACACACGGCCUCUGUUCCGCUAUGACAUCUGGGGGGACAUGGUGUGUGCUGGUGAUCCCCAAGGCGGCAAGGAUUCCUGCUUCGGCGACUCUGGCGGACCCUUGGCCUGCGAGAAGAGAGGGCUGUGGAUUCAGGUUGGAAUCGUGAGCUGGGGACUGGGCUGUGGGAGGCCCAACCGGCCUGGGGUCUACACCGACGUCAGCAGGCACUUCAGCUGGAUCCGGACGCUGGUGGCCCGCGGCGCCGCUCGGAGUCCAGGGCCCUCUCGGCUGCUCCUGCCCCCUGCCGUGCUCUGGGCUGGGCUCCUGCAGCUGGCCUGAGCCCUCCAGGGCCCCUGCGAGCUGGGGCCAGCUGCUGAGCCAGGCUCCGUCCCCCAACCUGUGCCUUAUUCCAAUAAACGCAUUAGCAUGUCGGA